CCUCCAUCCAACAAACAAACACAGCACAAAAGAAAGAAACCGAGGGGUGUGAGCUGUGGAGGGGUUGUGUGUGAAUGGACCCCACCACCCAUGUGCCCUCCUUCCUGUCUCCACCAGCUCCUGCCGCUCAAUGAUUAGCUAGCUCUCUCCUUCUCCCCCCUUCCUCCUCCUCCCCUCCUCCAAAAACCCUCUUGCUCUCAAAACCCGCAAAAUCCAUCCUUUCUCUCUAUACAAGCCCACCAUUUUUAGCUCCCCUCGCCCUUCUUCACACCAUGUCAGACAACAGUGGCGCUGUAAAUAACGGAUCUUUGAUAGACCCACAAAGAAACCAGCCACCUGGAGGUGGUGGUGGAGGAGGAGGAGUUACUAAUGGAGCUUUAGUUGCUAAAAAACCACCUUCUAAAGACCGUCAUAGCAAAGUUGAUGGUCGUGGAAGGAGGAUUCGGAUGCCGAUCAUUUGUGCUGCUAGAGUUUUUCAGUUGACUCGUGAAUUGGGUCAUAAAUCCGAUGGACAAACUAUUGAAUGGCUACUUCGUCAAGCUGAGCCUUCGAUUAUUGCUGCUACUGGUACUGGAACUACUCCUGCUAGUUUUUCUACUGUUUCUGUUUCGGUUCGUGCUGGUGGGAAUUCAAAUUCUAUAUCUUCUCUUUCGAGCAAUAAUAUUCAUCCGGUUGGUUCUUUGGAGCACAAGCCUUUGUUAGGCCCAGCGCCGUUUAUACUUGGGAAAAGGAUGCGGCCGGAGGAGGAUGGUAAUGGUGGUGGGAAGGACGAUGAUGGGGUUCCUGUGGGCCCCACAAUUGGGUCAUUAAUGGGCCCCACAGCAACAGCCGGGCCUGGUGGGUUCUGGGCUUUACCUGCCAGGCCCGAUUUUUGGGGGUUUGCUGCUGCUGCACCGCCGGAAAUGGUUGUUCAGCCGACUGCGGUGCAGCAGUCUUCACUGUUUAUGCACCAGCAUGCUGCGGCUAUGGGAGAAGCGUCGGCGGCAAGAGUGGGGAAUUAUCUUCCUGGUCAUUUGAAUUUGCUGGCUUCUUUGUCGAGUGGACAUGGAAGUUCAGGAAGGAGAGAGGAUGAUCACCGUUGAAUGUGGAGAAAUGGGAUCUUGGUAGUGUUGGUGUAUGGUAUAUAUUAUAAGAAUGUUGUUAUGUUAAAUUGGUGCGUUUUUUUUUUUGCUUGUGUGUGAAGAUGGACGAGAAGAAUUUUAGUGAAGAUUAGGGUUAGGGUUUAGGAUUUGGGAGAAUUUAAGUAAUGAAUGCAUGAAUUUAAUUAGGGGUUCUUUGUAGUAAGUUUGUUUGGAGAUUAAUUAGGGUUUUUUAGGGUUCAAAUUGUUUAGGUUCUUGGGGGUUUUGAUGGAGGAGGAAUGGAGUGAAGAAUUAUGGUUUUGUGAUUCAAAUUCUGUGGCUGAAGCUGCAAAGGUUUUUUUUUCAUAAUGGAUUAGGGGAGUCUGGCGCAAAUCUAUAUCAGGCUUUGUGUUCUUAUUUUGGGAGAAACUUGUCAAAGUUUGAGUGCUUUAUGCUAUUAGUGAGUUCUUCCUAUUUUGGACAUCUAGCUUCUUUUCCAUGGUGUGACACAAUGCUUGCAAAUGUGGGUUUGAAGCAAUGUCAUGUUUUGUCUCAAUAGCUGGGUGAUCAAAACAAUGGAAAAGUGGAGUUUCUGGGUGUCAUUCUGCUUGCAUUGUAUUUAAUCCGACUGCGCCCUGUAAUUCUGGACUUCUAGUCUCCCCAAAUUCGUUGAAUUUUCCUUUGCUCCCAUGGAGGAUGAAGAGUUGAUAUCGUUUGAUGCAAUUUGUGUUAUGGUUCGAUGACAACAGUGGUGGUUCUUUCGGUGCUUAGCUUGUGAUAUGCCACGGUGGUUGCAAACUGUUUCUUGCAUUCUUCCGCUUUCAGGGUAUGUGAUGGUGUGUUGAUCUCAAAGGAGACUGCUGUGUGUUCUUAUUAGGGGGCUUUCAGGGUAUGUGUUGGUGUAUUGAUCUCAAAGGAGACUGCUGUGUGUGGGGGAAACUCUGGGUGCCUCUUUGUAAGACGGCUGUUUCGAAACUUAUCAGUAUUCUUAGCCAUUUCUCUGAUCAAUUAGUGUGAUAAUAAUGUGUGUUCCACGUAUGUAAGUGGAUUGUUUUUCAGGUGACUGUUGUGUGAAUAAGAAACCCAAGUGUUUCUCUCAA